AUGUUCUCUGAAGAAAGCGACAAGUUUGAGAUAAGUCCAAGCACCCCAUGUGGGUUCCUCCUCCCUUUUCAUCAACUUUGUUUGUCUCCUCAAUCACUUUGCUCUUUAGUUUACCCCCUCUUCAAUAUUCCUCCUCCUCUUCUCACUCUCACUUAUAACCCACUUUCCUUGAAAAAACAAUCUUCCCUUGUAAGUCUGGUUUUCAGCAUGUGGGAAUCAGAGAGUGAGUCUGCUGCAGGAAGGGAAUAUGGGACUGGACUUCUCACUUCAACCAAGCACAGUGUCAAGACUGAGGGAUUUCAGCAAAGAGGCAACUCAUGGUAUGUUUCAGCUGAUAUUCCAAGUGAUCUUCUAGUUCAAAUAGGAGAAGCAAACUUCCAUUUGCACAAGUAUCCUUUGCUAUCUCGAAGUGGAAAGCUGAACAGAAUCAUAUAUGAUUCUCGCGACCCUGACUUGAAUAAGAUAGUUAUGGACGAUCUCCCUGGAGGGGCUGAAGCUUUUGAACUUGCAGCUAAGUUUUGCUAUGGAAUUGCAAUUGAUUUAACAGCAGGCAACAUCUCUGGCCUGAGAUGCACUGCUGAGUACCUUGAAAUGACAGAGGACUUAGAAGAAGGCAAUCUUAUAUUCAAGACAGAAGCCUUUCUUAGCUAUGUGGUUUUGUCUUCAUGGAGAGACUCUAUAAUAGUGUUAAAAAGCUGUGAGAAGCUGUCGCCAUGGGCAGAGAAUCUACAAAUUGUGAGAAGAUGCAGUGAGUCCAUAGCAUGGAAAGCCUGUGCCAAUCCAAAGGGAAUAAGGUGGUCCUACACUGGAAAAAGGGCACCAAAAGUUGCGAGCCCAAAUUGGAAUGACAUGAAGGACUCAAGCCCUAGUAGGAAUCAGCAGGUUCCCCCUGAUUGGUGGUUUGAGGAUGUUUCAAUCCUUAGGAUUGAUCAUUUUGUUAGAGUCAUCACUGCUAUCAAGGUAAAGGGCAUGAGGUAUGAGUUGAUUGGUGCUGGAAUAAUGCAUUAUGCAACUAAGUGGCUACCUGGUUUGAUGAAUGACACAGCAAUCCCAGGAGAUGAAGGAACCAACAGUAGUUCUAGUAGUGGCGGUGGUUGUAGCUGGAACGGUGGACUUCAAAUGAUUGUGGCUGGACCUAGAGAUUACACUUCAACUCUUCAAGCUAAAGAUCAAAGGAUGAUCAUUGAGAGCCUCAUCAGCAUCAUUCCCCCACAGAAGGACAGUGUCUCAUGCAGCUUCCUGCUCAGGCUUCUGAGAAUGGCAAACAUGUUAAAGGUUGCACCUGCAUUAAUUACUGAAUUGGAGAAAAGGGUGGGAAUGCAAUUUGAGCAAGCUACACUGGCUGAUCUGCUAAUCCCAUGUUAUAACAAAAAUGAUACUGUUUAUGAUGUAGAUCUUGUUCAGAGGCUGCUAGAGCAUUUUCUUAUUCAGGAGCAGACUGAAAGCUCAAGCCCAAGCAGACCACCCUUUCCUGAGAAGCAAGCUAGCAGUAACAUUAAUGCCAAGACAAGAGUGGCAAGACUUGUGGACAGUUAUCUUACUGAGGUUUCCAGAGAUAGAAACCUUUCCCUCACAAAGUUCCAGGUACUUGCAGAAGCUUUGCCUGAGUCAGCUAGGACCUCUGACGAUGGACUCUACAGAGCAAUUGAUUCCUAUCUGAAGGCACAUCCAACACUAACUGAGCAUGAAAGAAAGCGGCUCUGCCGUGUAAUGGAUUGUCAGAAACUCUCCAUUGAUGCUUGUAUGCACGCUGCCCAAAAUGAAAGGCUUCCAUUGAGGGUAGUGGUGCAAGUUCUAUUCUCUGAACAGGUGAAGAUAAGCAAUGCAUUAUCCAACAGUUCUUUGAAAGAAGGUGUUGAGUCUCAUUACCAGCCAAUGAUUCCAAACCGGAAAACACUCCUAGAAGGGACACCACAAUCAUUCCAAGAAGGGUGGGCAGCAGCUAAGAAAGACAUCAACACACUCAAAUUUGAACUUGAGACUGUGAAAACCAAGUACUUGGAGCUACAAAAUGACAUGGAAAAUCUGCAGAAACAGUUUGAUAAGUUGCUGAAGCAGAGGCACACCUCAGCAUGGACCAGUGGGUGGAAGAAACUAAGCAAACUUACAAAAAUGACCAACGUGGAAAAUCAUGAUAUUUCACCUCAGCUUCCAACUUCAGAAGAACAGAACAGAAAGACAACAACUAGAAGGUGGAGAAACUCAAUAUCCUGA